UCCAGCUAAAUUCUUCUUUGGUUUACUAGUAGGGAAUUAAGCAUAUACCUCUCUCCUAUUAAAAUCAGACUAUUAAAUAUGCUUAAAGAUGGCUGGAUUAAGCCAAUUCUUGGCAAGUGAAUAGGCUUAAAAAGUAACUUGACAGAUUCCAAUGUUCAAAGUUCAACGUUAAGCAUUGCAUGUUAUUUCAUGAGAUCCCAUUCAUCAACAGACCUUCUGCUCAGUUGAUCAUGGAAGAACUGGAGCUGCCUGUGCUGUUAGUAAAUGAAAUAGGUGGAGUCCUUGGUAUCUUAGAAGCACAUCUGCCAUUUCUGAAGAAACACUUUCGCCUUAUAACCAUGAAGGAAUUCCUUGAAAACAAAGGAUAUUUUAGUGCCAAGGUCAAAGCUAUUUAUCUCUGGUGGCAUAAACCAGUCAUUGACAGAGAGCUUUUGAAGAGCCUGCCUAACUUAAAAGUGAUUGCAAAUUCAGGAGUGGGUAUGGAUCACCUGGAUUUGAAAAUGAUCUCUGGAUUUGGAGUGAGGAUGGCCAAUGCUCCCCAUGCUGUUCUCAGCAGCACUGCAGACGCUGGCAUGGCCCUGCUGCUGACAGCUGCUAGAAGGCUAGUUGAAGGUUGUCAGAUUGCUGUUUCCCCUGACACUGAAUAUUUCCCUAGUAACCGGUUAGGAGAUGAAGUCACUGGGGCUACUCUGGGUAUCAUUGGAAUGGGCAACAUUGGAUACAAAAUUGCUCAGCGAGCCAAAGCUUUUGAGAUGAAAAUCCUUUAUCACAACAGGAACAGGAGGAAAGAAGAUGAGGAACUGGCUGUGGGUGCCUCCUAUUGUGGUAACAUAGAAGACUUGCUUCAGCAGUCUGACUUUGUGAUGCUGGUUGUAAAUCUGACACCUCAAACAUACAAACUAAUUGGGAAAAAGGAGCUGGAGCUGAUGAAACCCACAGCUACUCUCAUAAAUAUUUCUAGAGGGGCAGUUGUAGAUCAAGAAAUGCUUCUGAAAGCUCUUCAAACUGGUGUUAUUAAGGGCGUAGCCAUGGAUGUCACUUAUCCUGAACCACUGCCCAGAGAUCAUCCAUUAUUACAGUUAAAAAAUGUUCUCAUAACUCCUCAUCUUGGUUGCAGAACAACCAAAGCCUCCUAUAUGAUAACAGAGGAAGCAGUAGGAAAUAUAUUGGCUGCUCUUCGUGGUCUCCCAAUGCCUAGUGAAGUGUUUCCUGACUAAACAUACUGAAAACUAUUGCAAGCAACAAUAGAAAAUUAUUGUACAAUUUUCUCUUAAUGGAAUAAAGAUGUUAAUUGUUAUAGACGUACACAUUCAUACUUAAUUUCAUGUGAACAUAGAUCAGUCAUCAUUCUGGAUGGAAAAUCCAAAACAACAUAGUAGUAGUUUCUUUAUAUUGCUAAUUCCUUAACUUAGCAGGUUCUUUGCUACAGUUCCACAAUUAAAUGUCAAUCAGUGCUUGUUAGCUAAUAUUAAUUACUGUUCUGAUUGGGUUUUUUUCUUUUUUUAAUAUAAUAAAUUUGCUUCAAAGUUUGCAAAUUUGACUUCAUUAUAAGUUGUGACCAAACUGAUGCUUUAUACCAGGAAUUGUCAACAUAUAGAGCUGUUUUCUUUCAUGUAUCAUAAAUAUCCUGAAAAUAUGGCUGACUUGCCAUUUCAAAGUUACUUUCUUUUGGAAGGUUAAAAAAUAAAUAUAUUAUCUCCAUAGUUUUUAAACUCAGAGAAUUGGAGAAAGUAUUUAAGAGUUUCAUUGCAAUUCUAAAACAGAUUUGUGAAGUGCCUCCUCAAACCCACUUUUUCUGUGAAACCUUGGGCACAACUUGUAAUUUCCAUGCCUUCCCUGACCUGGUGCCCUCCGGACGUGUUGAACACUCUGGCUGGGGAAGAUGAGAGUUGUAGUCCACAUCUGGAGGGUACCUUGAUUAAUUGCUCAGCUGUACAUCGCUUCCCUGGCAGAACAAUCCGUUACUUCAAUAUGCCAGGGAGAAAAAUAUACCAGCACUAUGCCAACGUGACACCUCCUUAUCCUAUAUUUGAUGAGCUCAAUCCAGCUGUCUAAACAUUGUCUUUGCCCCACAGUGGCUGCAAAUUGGCGCUGCAUCACUUAUAUGGCACAGCCACCAAUUUGCAGCCACCGCAGGGCAAAUAGAUGAAGAGGCACAGCAGAAAAGUCGGGACUUACCUUGAGAGGUUGCUAUGGCUCUCCUGCCAUCUGACUGCGCUCUGGCAUCAUGAUGGGGGUGUUCCCAGGCAGAAGGUGACCUCUCAUUGGCGAGGGGCAGGCCCGGCGAGCCGAAUGGCCGCCAGAAAGCCCUUCUCCGUGAGCCCCUGCCAAAGGAAGUGAGGCAGGUGGCUACUAGAAGGAGGGCUUUCUCCGCUGUGGCACCCCGGUUGUGGAAUGAGCUCCCCAGAGAGGUCCGCCUGGCGCCUACACUACUGCUUUCGUCACCAGCUGAAGACCUUUUUAUUCUCAAUAUUUUAACACUUAAUUUUAACUUAAAUUUAAAUCUUACUGUUUUAACUCUGUAUUUUAAUCUUAUAUCAAUUUUGCUGCGUGGUUUUAUCCUUGUUGU